AUGGAUGAGCAAUCGUUCUACCCCAAUGGCCUUCGCAGCGGCGACGAUGCCUUCUAUGAGGUCAACGAUGACGACUUUUACGGUGACCAGAUUCACGGCAUCCACAUGAGCACGCCAAACAGCAGUGCCCAAACGCUUGCCGCGGCUGUCUCAGCUGCAAAUGGCGGGAGGGACGCAGCUGGUCCGAGUCAUCUCCAACCCAGCAACAAAAGUCAACAACUGGGAAAUGAGCAGAUCGGUUGGCAAGGCCACCCCGCCAGCGCAAACGCCUUCCUUCAGGGCGUCCCGCUGUACGUCAACAACCAGGUCUCAUACCAGGGCUACAACGCCGCAGGCUUUGGUCAGCCUGGCAACUACAUGCCCUUCCCUGAUGGCAUGCCUGCCAACGCUUCGUUCUCCGACCCCAACAUGUCCUUCGAGACUCUCGAGUACAACCCAUUCAGCCCAAUCUCGACCAACCUCAGCUUCUCGUCGUCCUCGGACGGGUCGCCGGUCGCAUCUGAACAGCUGGCUAUUGAAUCGAUGACCCUCGGUUCUGCGUCCGCACAGGAGAGAAACCCUCCCGUCAUGGCAAGGAGUGGCCAUCACACGCCAGUUGCAGAGGGUUCUGGGCAGGGCCAGGCCUGGGGAGGGAGCUGCCCGGCGACGAUUUCCCCCAAGAUGCUGAGAAUGAACCCAUCGCCAACCCCUACCUCGUCAACCAACUCGGUACACACUGGUCUCAUGCUUGGGGGCGAGUCCGACCUCGGCUCUACGGCAUUCGACCAGCAGCACCAUGUCUGUAACCCAUUGGGCUCGAAACGGUCGGGCCACAAGCAACGCAAAGAACUUCCGAGCAAGUCCAGCAAGCCACGACCACCGCCGUCCUCGUCGUGCGGCUCAUCAUCCUCGAAGGGCAAAGCUCCAGUGCAUGCCCACGCCCACCACCACCACAGCGUCCAACAACCAGUCCCAACUCACCACCUGGUCCCCCUGAAACCGAUGCCCGACUUCGGGAACCAAGAUGCUGCAACGCUGAUACCUGUCAACGUAGCCGACGCUGAACGGGCGGAGAGAGACAGAUUCCUGGUCGAGUCGAAGGACGGGGGCAUGACGUACAAAGAGAUCCGCCGUCUGGGCAAGUUCACCGAGGCCGAGUCCACAUUGCGAGGCCGAUACCGAAUGUUGACGAAAAACAAGGAGGAGCGUGUGAGGAAGCCCGUGUGGCAUGACAACGACAUAUAUCUGCUCAAGAAGGCCGUCCGCAAGCUCGCCCCAGAUGGGGCCAAAGUGCCCUGGAAGCAGGUCUCUGACUACAUCACCCACCACGGGGGCUCGUACCAUUUCGGCAAUUCUACGUGCCGGAAGAAGUAUGACGACCUGGUCGCCCAGGGCAGAGCUGCCGAACUGGCGUGA